AUGGAUACGGAAUUUACUACCUUGCUUGUCCAACCUGUAGCAGAUCUCGACAUGCCCCCAUGUUACCCAGCAAAUCCACCCUUAUUCCCAGGAAAGCCAGCGUCUAAUCUGGUUGGCGUGGAUUCCGUUAAAUUAAGCUCCUGCGAGCGGGAAUCAGCUUAUGAUCGUAUAGACACUACCUCUAGUCGUGUGCGUGGUCACGAAUGCGAGAGCUACGAGCCUCACGACGGGUCAAACUCUGGUUCUGAGAAAGAUCCUGAUGUUCUCCUCUUAAAAAACCUCCAUCUUCUCGCGCGUCACUCGCAGGAUGUCCUUUACUUCCCCCUCCUCUGUGUCGGUACACGCAGACAGAUCUGCAGUAUCAUGGUGAGUGCCCUGAUGCAUCGCCGAAUUUUUGGGGUGUCUUCUCCUCUUCUGGGGCUGUCGUUUGAUCCCCUGGAGUGCGAGAUCCAGGUGGUCUAUGGAUGGUUGGCUGCGUCGCCCUCCCAUGGCUGUAUUGAGGCUCAUCUUGCGUACUCGCCAUGUUUUCGACGCCUAGACCAUGGUUGUGGGGCUUUCGAUUUGAGCGUUUAUAGUUCACUUCGUUGCUUCACUACCUAUCUUUUAGAGGUAACACCUGUUUUAUUGGCAUCAUCCUAUAACGCAAGGGGCAACAGCCCUCAGGUUUUGGGUCAGCUACGGUCAUUGGCGUGGCAAGUUGAUUCCUUACUGGAUGAAGAACGUGAAGAACGUGAAUACCAUUUCCAAAAAUGGAUAUCCGAACAAUGGUAA